CAUCAGAAAGGAGGAGAGGGCUGUGGAUGGAGGGAAUCUGGUCCCUUCUCAUAUAACUACUCUUUGUUCCCAAAAGAGACCGCUCCUGGUUUGAUGGAAGAAAAGAGAGGUUCGAGCUUUCUCUCCCGUUUUUCGAAAGACAAUUAAAAGACUACUUUAUAUUUUGGGCAGACAUGGGCUGGGUUGUAGGUGGGUUAGGUUUAGGGUAGAUAUGGGCUGGGUUGUAGGUGUGUUGGGUUUGGUAAUUCGUUGCUGAGUUAGCUGUUCUUAUUUCUAAGACGCUAUGGCUAAGCAGUAUGAUGUGCUCUUCCGACUCCUGCUUCUCGGUGAUUCGGGGGUUGGGAAAACAUGUUUAUUAUGCAGAUUCACGGACAACGAAUUUCACCCGUCUCACAUCUCCACAAUCGGAGUCGAUUUUAAAAUGAAGACACUGGAGAUAGAUGGCAUCAAAGUUAGGAUACAGAUAUGGGACACAGCAGGACAGGAGAGAUAUCAGACCAUCACUAAGCAGUACUACAGACGAGCACAGGGAAUCUUCCUGGUUUACGACAUCACAAGUGAGCGAUCCUUCCAGCACAUCAUGAAGUGGGCCAGCGAUGUGGACGAGUAUGCUCCUGAUAACAUCCAGAGGAUCCUCAUAGGGAACAAGUCAGACGAGGAGGAGAAGAGGCAGGUAGCUACAGAACAGGGCAACAAGCUGGCCAAGGAUUAUGGGAUGGACUUCUUUGAGACAAGUGCCUUCACCAACCAUAACAUAACAGAGUCCUUCACUCGAUUGGCUGAGCAGGUCCUGUCAGCCAAUAAGAAGGACCUGGACCUCCUGAGGGCGUCGGUCACAGACGAGCUCAACCUCACCGCCCUGGAGGAGGAGGAGGGCAUCACAGACGGGGCCGCCACCUCACAGAAGAGCUGCUGGUGUUAAGGGCCUGGUCAAAAGUAGGGAACUAUAUAGGGAAUAGGGUGAGAAAAGUAGGGAACUAUAUAGGGAAUAGGGUGCCACUUCUCCUUAUGUAAGGACUGGGUCUGGCUGCGUCUUGAAUCACACCCUAUUCCUUAUGCGAGCUCUGCUUGAAAGUAGUGCACUUUGUAGGGAAUAGAGUGACAAAAGUGAUGCCCUAUGUAGGGAAUAUGGUGGGGGGGGGGUGAUACUUCUCGUAGCUGAUUGCCUUUCUACCAUUGUAGGUGGUGUACUGGUGUUUGAUAGGUUUUUACCAAUGAUGUAUGUAAACCCUGGAUUGCUAAUGCUAUGUAUUGGCCAAUGAGAUGCUUUGAAGUCACCGGUCGGCCAUAUUGGCUCUCCUCAGAAAAGCAGUCCUCUAGGAAUGAAUGGAAUUAUACAGUAUUUCAUUGAAAUGUUUCAAGGACAAAAUUACAUGUAUUUUAGCUCACACAAUAUUAUUUAAAAGUAUGCUUUAAGUUGUCUGUAAUAGAAUAAAUGUGGCAAAAACAAAUAUAGACAUUUAUAAAUGCAUUUCUAUAUCUUCCUAGGUAAUUUUUUUACACUGGUGGGGGAGUACCAAGAUGGAGGCGCGGUGGCUUCAAAACAGUGCCCCUUUAUCAGUCAUCUAGUGUAUAUAGAAAGCAUAGUGGUUUUUUCAUGGUAUUUUUCAUUGUAGUUCAUAGAUUUCGGCACCAGACGGUGCUACUGAUACAUGCUGCGUUGCUAUAUGAAGCCGAAACACUGCAGAGCUGUUGAUGAAGGGGUCACGACACAGUACACACACUGUUCUACUGUAGUGAGUCUCAAAUCACACCGUAUUCCCUUCAUAGUACACUGCUUGGCUCUGCUCAGACCUACUGCACUAUAGGGGAUACGGUGUCGUUUGUAGUGCAGACAAUGUUCCGUUUAGUUUUAGCUAUACAAAUUGUGUUUCUCAAGACAACUUUCCAUGAUCAUGUCCAUUAGUUUAAUGUUAGUUUAAACCUAUGAGCAUCAUUAACAAGGCCUGGAAAAAGGUGUUGGCGUUUAAUUUUCGAUGCUCUAGAAAUAUUGCAUCUGUGAUUCGAUCUAUGAUGACAUAUUUAGUUUGCUUCAGGUUUAAGCCAUAUUAUCCACUAGAUAGCUGCUGUUUCCGGAGUAGCCCAUCGAAUGGAAACUUAGGAACGUAUCAUCCAGACUAGCAAAGGACCAGCAAGAGAUUUGUCAUGUGUCCGACGUCCGUCCUCAUCUUCUUCUGUCUUGCAACUUCAAUGAAGUUAAUUAUUUAACUGUUCAUGAUACCCCCUAAUAUCCCUCGUUUAGCCUUUUGACCAGAUUGGCUAUAGGAACUGAUCAUAGGACUGACCUCUACUGUCUGCAGCUACUGACUCAAUGUUACUACCGCUACUGUCAAAAACUACUGUUUGUGUGCAAGUGAUAAUAAGGGAUGUCGCUUUGAAUGAAAUACAGGAUAAUGAUCUCUAGAUACAGGUGAAAUACAGGACUAUGAUCUCUAAGGGUGAAAUACAGGACUAUGGUCUCUAAGGGUGAAAUACAGGACUAUGAUCUCUAAGGGUGAAAUACAGGACUAUGAUCUCUAAGGGUGAAAUACAGGACUAUGAUCUCUAAUGGUGAAAUACAGGACUAUGGUCUCUAAGGGUGAAAUACAGGACUAUGAUCUCUAAGGGUGAAAUACAGGACUAUGGUCUCUAAGGGUGAAAUACAGGACUAUGGUCUCUAAGGGUGAAAUACAGGACUAUGGUCUCUAAGGGUGAAAUACAGGACUAUGAUAUCUAAGGGUGAAAUACUAUGAUCUCUGAUACAGGUGAAAUACAGGACUAUGAUCUCUGAUACAGGUGAAAUACAGGACUAUGAUCUCUGAUACAGGUGAAAUACAGGACUAUGAUCUCUGAUACAGGUGAAAUACAGGACUAUGAUCUCUAAGGGUGAAAUACAGGACUAUGGUCUCUAAGGGUGAAAUACAGGACUAUGAUCUCUAAGGGUGAAAUACAGGACUAUGAUCUCUAAGGGUGAAAUACAGGACUAUGAUCUCUAAUGGUGAAAUACAGGACUAUGGUCUCUAAGGGUGAAAUACAGGACUAUGAUCUGUAAUGGUGAAAUACAGGACUAUGAUCUCUGAUACAGGUGAAAUACAGGACUAUGAUCUGUAAUGGUGAAAUACAGGACUAUGAUCUCUAAGGGUGAAAUACAGGACUAUGAUCUCUAAGGGUGAAAUACAGGACUAUGAUCUGUAAUGGUGAAAUACAGGACUAUGAUCUCUAAGGGUGAAAUACAGGACUAUGAUCUCUAAGGGUGAAAUACAGGACUAUGAUCUCUGAUACAGGUGAAAUACAGGACUAUGAUCUCUAAGGGUGAAAUACAGGACUAUGAUCUCUAAGGGUGAAAUACAGGACUAUGAUCUGUAGAUACAGGUGAAAUACAGGACUAUGAUCUCUAAGGGUGAAAUACAGGACUAUGAUCUCUAAGGGUGAAAUACAGGACUAUGAUCUCUAAGGGUGAAAUACAGGACUAUGGUCUCUAAGGGUGAAAUACAGGACUAUGAUCUCUAAGGGUGAAAUACAGGACUAUGAUCUGUGAUGAUGAAAUACAGGACUGAUCUCUAAGGGUGAAAUACAGGACUAUGGUCUCUAAGGGUGAAAUACAGGACUAUGAUCUCUAAGGGUGAAAUACAGGACUAUGAUCUCUAAGGGUGAAAUACAGGACUAUGAUCUCUAAGGGUGAAAUACAGGACUAUGAUCUCUAAGGGUGAAAUACAGGACUAUGGUCUCUAAGGGUGAAAUACAGGACUAUGAUCUCUAAUGGUGAAAUACAGGACUAUGAUCUGUGAUGGUGAAAUACAGGACUAUGAUCUCUAAGGGUGAAAUACAGGACUAUGAUCUGUGAUGAUGAAAUGUAUAUCUGUGCUGUUUGAUCAUAACUACUUGAAUGACAUUUGGUGGAAAUACAUAACGAGCAACGUUGUAAUAAGAUGUUUAUUGAAUAAAUACUGGCAGAUGUAUGACUCAUCAUGCUGUGUGGUAACUUGAUGAAAUAGAAGUGGAAAAAAGGGUACGAUUGGCCACCCCUAUGUCAUGGACCAAUAGGAAUCAAUAAAGCAUGAAUUGGAUUGAAUUC